CUAAAAUGAAAAUAACAAAGCUCAAGGGGUUUGAAAAUAUGGAUAAAGACCUGUACAGUUUAAAUAUGACACAGAAGAUCAGAAACUCAGGUUUCCACACCAGGAGCAAAACGGUCUCUGAAGAUGGCAGCCAGGGCACUGAGAAGAGGAAAACCAUCAAGCUUGACUCAACGAAGAAUAAAAAUAAAUUGAUCGGGUUGAUUAAGAAAAGUCAGUUUAAUAAAAGUGCAGAACUUGCUAAAAGUCUUAUAAAUAAAUCAAAAUUCGAACGUGUUAGAAACAACGCAGAAGCUAGGAUGAAGAACUUUACCAGAAUCAAAAAGUCUCUUGAAUCUCAGAGGAAAAUAUCAACCGAGAGUGGCCAUAGAAGAAAAUAAGGGUUUCAACAGACACUUCCAUAAAUUCAGUGAUUACAAAUCUGAUGAGAAAAAUAGCUCAAAUCAUAAGUUAUCAGUCCAGGUGGAGAACUGCCAGCCAGGAGACUUAGACCUCAGAGAUUACGCUUCAAAAUUUAAUUAUUUCUCCAAAAGAACCAGGACUAAAAUAUCAAAUAACUUAAAAACAGAUAAUUCUGGAGCUUUCAGAACUUUCCAAAGGGAAAAUCAGAAAUAAACUGAGGUCUAAAUCUAGAGAAAACAAUGUAAUCAUCCACCACAGGAUAGACCUGAUCCGAGAGAUGAUUGAAGAGAAGGAACUACAGUGCUUGAAAGUGUAUGAAGACUGUAUGAGAGGUGAAAAAUAAGUAUCAAUAUGAAUUCCUCAACACUAUAAAGGAGUAUAAUAUCGACUUAAUUGAAAGUUUUAAUGAAAUUAAAGACUUUCAGAAACCCCCAAUGGAUCUUAUCCAACAGAUCAUCCUUUCAUUGAAUAGUAAUUAUGGAAGGUUUGAAAAUUUUCAUAAAUUAGAGCUUCUUUACAAAAAUAAGGCUCUUGAGAAAGCAAAUGAGGAUUAUUCAAGCCUAGAAAAAUCAAAAAACAUUAUCUAUAGCCCUGACCAAGAAAUGUCCUCGUUUGAAUAAAG